AGGGCGGUGUUACACCAACCGGACACGCCCUCUGCAGUGCCAGCAGAAAAUGAAAUGGAGGCAGACUUGACAUUUUUCAGUUCAGUCUAUUUAUCAUCAUGCGUGUGGAAUGUGGGAAAUCGGCGUUUAAACAAGCAGUGGUCUGGACUCGUGUGCGCUGUGUGAUGAAUUAUUAGUGUGGCGAGUGUGUUGGAAACGUCGCACCGGCCGACAGUAGACUGUGGGAGAUGGCUGAGCGAUCCUACACCCUUCAAUGACAGCGUUAAAAGCCUCACUGGUGAACCCGCAACCAUGGAAGACCACCAUGCCUAUCGUUGAGCAGGAUUACCACUGAACUUUUGGCCCGUAGUAUUACGGUUUUAACAUGCCCGACCAGCGGUUCUCCGGGAGAGGCUAACAAUUGCCUGAUAUGAACGUUAUUGCCUGGUUUUUCAUCUGGAAAGUUCUGAGCAGGGGAAAGCGGGUCAGCACCGCUGGCUUUAGUCUUUUCCGCGCUGCAGCUCUGGGCAUUUAUCGAGCGUGUUUUUCCAUUACCAGACAUUAUUGCUUCAAUUUCUGGACCUUUUAACUCCAAUAAGCAUUUUAUGCGAUUCAUAUCGGCGAGGGAGGAGCGGGCCUAAGCCAAAAUGGUGAACUGGAAGCGGCUGCUGCGAAUGUCUAACCGAUCGUUUAUGGCCUUCAUAUUCUUCUUCUCCAUGUCCACUACUUGUCUCUACUUCAUUUACGUGGCUCCUGGAAUAGCCAAUACAUACUUCUUCAUGGUGCAGGCCCAGGGCAUCAUGUUGAGGGACAAUGUAAGGAGCAUUGGCCAGAUGAUCCGAUUGUACACCAACAAGAACAGUACAGUCAAUGGAACAGACUAUCCUGAUGGCAGUAACACCAGCGAAUACCUGGUCCAGCCAACUACGUAUCUUCCAGAGAACUUCACCUAUGUCCAGAACCUCCCCUGCCCUGAGCGAUUACCUUCUAUGAAGGGCCUUAUGGAAGUGAACAUGACAGAGAUCCCUAUGGAGGAGAUAGAAUUGAAGUUCUCCAAGUUUUUUGACAUUGAAUUUGGAGGCCAUUGGAAACCAAAGGACUGCAGACCUCACUGGAAGGUGGCAAUCCUGGUUCCAUUUAGAAACCGCCGUGAACAUCUCCCCAUCCUCUUCCAACACCUCAUACCUAUGCUGCAGAGACAGCGGCUGCAGUUUGCCUUCUACAUCAUCGAACAGAGUGGGACCCAGCCCUUUAACAGAGCCAUGCUGUUUAACGUGGGAUUCCUGGAGGCCAUGAAAGACUUGAACUGGGACUGCUUGAUCUUCCAUGAUGUUGACCACAUCCCUGAGAAUGACAGAAACUUCUAUGGCUGUGGUCAGAUGCCACGCCAUUUUGCUGCCAAAUUGGACAAAUACAUGUACAUUCUUCCAUACAGUGAAUUCUUUGGUGGUGUAAGUGGACUCACUGUGGAGCAGUUCCGUAAGAUCAAUGGCUUUCCCAAUGCAUUCUGGGGCUGGGGAGGAGAAGAUGAUGACUUGUGGAACAGAGUUCACUAUUCUGGUUUGAAUGUCACACGUCCAGACGGAGACAUUGGCAAGUACAAGUCAAUUCCUCACCACCACAGAGGAGAGGUGCAGUUCCUUGGGAGGUAUAAACUGCUGAAGUAUUCCAAAGAACGACAACACUUGGACGGCCUCAACAAUCUCCAUUACAGCCCCCAUAUCUCCCUCAGCAACCUCUACAAGAACAUCACGGUCGACCUGUACCCUGAGCUUGCCCCUAUCACAGACUACUGAGCUGGCCCACAAACUCCUGUCCAACCCCUACUCCACACCCCAGCUUGCCCAGCUCCUCUCUAGUCUGAACUUCUAAAGCCAUUUUCUGCAAUUUAGUGGCAGAGGGGGGGCGGCGGAGAGGAGGGGGCACAGCCUGGGAUAGGUGAAGAAGCGCUAGAAAAGAUAUACCCAUAUUCCAUACUGGCUGAGCUAUUCAAGUUGUUUUAGGUUAGGGGGAGCAGCAGUGUCUCAGCUCUUGAUGUUUACUGCAAAGCCUUAAUGUGGCAAAACGACAGCUCCGUCUGCUUGGCUACGCACUGCUUCACUUCGUAUGUAUCACCUUCACCUUAUAAGCCAACAGAGAAAUUUUUGUCUCACAUAUUUGUUAUAUACAUAUCAUUAUGUUAGGCCACAGUAUUCCUUUAAAAGGAGGGAUCUGUCCCAUCAUUAAUAUUUUAAAUGUAAUUUUUUUUAUACAUGCUAUUUAUUUUCUCUUAUUCAGGAUGUUUGAAGAAGCACUCCUUUUUAUGUCACUCAAGUAUUUGCUGUUUGUUUUACUGCACUGCUGCUGAAUCCGCAUGAACAUGUAUGUAAAUAUCGACCUCUUAAAGGUCGAACCCAGACAAACAUAUGUAAAUAUGGCCCUUUAAACGCUCGGGCAUAUCUUAGUGAUAUUCCAGUUAUUUGAUUUUUUUUUUUUGGCAGCUAUUUAAUUAGAGUGAGUUGUUUCUUCCUACUAGAAAGAUUGUCUAACAAUAUAGGAUGUUUGGCUUAAAAAUAUCCAGAAGUAUCUAAAUCUCAAGUAUCUAACCUUUUUCUUUCUUUUUUUCCCCUUGAGUUGCACUGUGUGAAAAGUAGUGCUGCUCUUCAAUAGGAGGGCAUGACUGAGUCUCAUCCAUGACAUCGUACAAAGAGCAGGGCCAGCCAAAAAAGCAGGAGUGUGUCUACACAACAUGCUUUACUGCAGGUUUAUUGCCUGGUAGUUAAUGGUGUAUAAUUUUGCUCAGGUGUUUUUUUGUUUUUUUUUUACAUUUUGUAUUGAUUUUGUUUAUUUUUCCGUGAUUUAGUGCUGGACCAUGUGAAAAAGCUGCUGGUUGUACUUUACCAUGCACUGAGCAUCCAAUUUGAGGCUGGAUACUAUGUGUUUGGACUAUGAGGCAGCUAGAAGGGCCAGGAUGAGAGAAGCUUGGUGUCAGCUUCUCACAGCUGAAGCCAUUGCUGCUCCUGUUCUUGCACACAAUGUCACAAUGUUUCAUUUUCUAAAUCUUUGAACACCAAAGAUGGAGAGAAAGGUGGGGGCAGAUAUUCGGACCAGAUGUUCACUGUUGAGAUUAUUUUCUAAAUCUCUAGGUUUUGAAUUAACCAUGAAUUGGAUAUUUGGACAUUUUCUUCCUUGUGAUGUUAAAUCAGAACUUUGACCAAUUUAGAUCUGGACCUUAUUCCCUGUCUCAUCAGACUAUUUAAACUUUCACAUGAUUCGUCCCUUCGAGCCACCUAUACACUUUGCGAUUUUUGUUUUUGCCCUUCAGUCUAAAUGGUGCUCCUACAACUUACUGUUAGACACAUCCACUGAGGGCCCAUUUAGAGCUUUGGUGACCAAAGAAAUGUAAGAACUUUAGAACCAAAUACUCUCUAUGACACUAUUGCUGUGACCAUCAUCUAUAUUUUUUAUUACAUAAAUAAGGUUGAGAAUUCAAUAUACAGUAAAUGGUAAUUUUAGUACCUGUUCUGGAGCCUUUUUAAAUUUAUUAUAACACUUGAUCUUCAUCAGCUUCAUCACUUUAACCCCCUCAAAAAAAAGAUUGACAGAAGAUGGAUUAUGCAUGUUGAUUAAUUGGUCCUGCUUGGAUUUAAUUUUUAUUUUGAAUAAGGAAACAAUUAUUGGAUAACUAAAAGUUAAUCUAAAAAUAUUUUGAUUAUUGAUGCAAAAAACUAACUGAGCCCAUCACAAAUGUGAAUAUAUUUUUUAUCAUAAGAAAGUGAAUAUUUUUUCGUUUUUGGCUGUUGGUCAGACAAAACAAGCAAAGAAAUCACACAAAAUUGUUUUUGGCCAGACAAAUAAUCGACUGGAGAAGAUGAUCAGCAGAUAAAAUGUGAUGUUUUGUGAUGUUUUGUUGUAAUGUGAUACUCUGAAAAUGUAGUAUUACGUUUUCAGUAAAAUUACAAGAGACAGUUAAAAAAAAAGUGAAAAUCAAAUCAUAGGUACCUUCACUUGUUGAAUAUAUGCCCAGUUUGAGCUGGACGUUCCCUGUGCAACUGACUAAUGAAGCCAUUUUAAUUCAAGAAUAAUGGCAUCAAGCUCUGAAAACACUGAACAGUUCCUAUAAUACAAAUCAAUCAUAUUUUUUUAAGAUCCUCUGGCCCUUAUUAAUGCAGAUUUGAGGAUUGUAACAGACUUUCUGUUUUAAAUGUUUGGUCAAACAGUUGUCACAGGCAGAGUUGUACUUGACUAGUACAAUGAGCUUUAUGUGUAAAACUGAUCAUUUUCCCCUGACAGAUGAGGCAGGUGAGGAUUAACAAUGUUACGGACUAACAGAGGUCUCUUUAACACAAAGUUGUGCAUCAUUUUUCUUCUCUCUUCUUCAUUCAGCAAGCAGAACAGGAAUUUAUUAGGAAUUGGAAUUUAAGAGGAGGAUGUGCUGUCUUUCACAGCACAUGCCGCUUUUAAAUUCCUGAUCCCCCAAAGCCAAAACUCCAAGUCCAAGUGCUAAACUGGUAAGUUCUGUCUGUGGUCAGCUUUAUAAAGAGUUUGCAUAUGUCUUUUGCUCUGGUGAGUGAAUCUCAGUACCAGCAAAUUAUGAUUCUACCCACCUCAUUAGCGCUUUUUAUCACAUGGCUGUCAGAAAUAUCUAAAAUGGCUCAAAUGUAUAUUCUUUUUUCUCUUUACCUUCUACUGAAAACUGGUUACCAAAUUGUCAAUCUUUUCCCCCUUCAUGUAAUCAUAUCAAGUCAGACUGAAUUAAAUAUGUUCAUGAUAAGAAUCCAAAUAAUCUAAUGAAAAACUCAGUCAGCUCAGUCUACCUUGACAUGUGUAAUGAUCAUGUUCAACAAGUUUUGCCGACUAAAACUAAGCGUUGAGUUUUUAUAUCACUUGCAGUUGAGGUUUCAUCUCAUUUGCUAAGAAAUCAAUGCAAAUCAACCUCCCCUGUUUCCUUUUAAUAUUAAUGAUUUCAAGUACACAUUGCUAAAGCUUUCACUUGAAUCCACCAAGAACUGUACACUCAAACCUCUUCAAUAUCCUUGCAUCCAUGGCCUCUUACAAAGACAUUUGGAAGAAAAAAAAUCAGUAAUUUACUUUCUGCCACUAAAUUAAAAGAGGAGUUACAGAGAGGCUUUGUUUUGUCAACAGUGCUGCAUGCAGCUUUCUACUGAUGAGGUAUUACUGAUCAGAUUGCUGAUGUGAUAUGUUCAUGCUAAUGAUUAAACAUUAGCAUGAGAGAUGAAUGUACCACGACUCAUCAAACCCAGUUUGACAGUUUUAGGACCCCCUGAGCCCCGUCCCCUUCCGGCACAGGAAGGGGGCACAGGGAGGGGGCAUGAGAAACGAACCAUUUGUUUCUAAUGCACCAGCGAUAAUCUUGCAGGUGCAGCUAUGAAGAAAAGGCAGUUUUAUAUUUGUAUUUCUUUCUACAGGUACACUCAACAAAGGGAUGAGUGUACCUGGUUGUUGUUGAGUUCACCUGUGCCGCUUUCACUUGUCACACUUAACUAUUUCGACUAUGGUCAAAAACCUGGAACAUACGCCUGCAUGGAAACAAAUUGGACAACCUCAAAAAAACUGAAGUGCCUUCAAGUAUUCCAUUGAUUCCCUCUAACCACAGUCUGAAAAUUGUAUAAAUCCACUCCAUUCCAACUACAAAGGACUGGUAUAACAGACGUAUAUUUACAUUUGGACACUUAUUUGAGCAAGAUCAUCUGAAGUCCUUUGAACAACUGAAAUCCUCCUUUGGGCUUCCUUCAAAUCAUUUUUUUAAGUUCCUGCAAGUCAGGGACUAUAUUAUAAUGAAGCAGGGAGGGAAACUUGUCCCUUUGGAGGAUUUUCAAAUAGACAUUAUGUUACAAGAAAAACACACUCCUAGAGGUUUCCUAUCUUUUACCAUUAAGAGACUCAUGGCCCUUAUAGAAAGUAAAUCUCUAAGUGGGAAACGGACAUUGGUGAGGCUUUUGAGGACUCUGAAUGCCAGCUGAUUUGUGCUAGCUCUCAAGCAUUCUCUUAUAACAGUCAACACAAACUAUUGCAUUUUAAUCUUAUACACAUAGCUUACUAUACACCCGAAAAGUAGUAGCCACCCAGAACAAUGUCCAAGGUGUAAAGCGGAAACAGGAUCCCUUAUACACAUGUUUCGGACAUGUAGGUGCCUGGAGCACUACUGGCCAUCCGUUCUGGACAUCAUUAAAAACGUUGUGGGGAAGAGCCCAACCAACCCAAGGCUGACACUGUUGGGAGACUACUCAGUUUUACCCAUCAAUUUGAGGGGCAAUACUCGCUUUGUCAGACUAGCCCUAAUUGCGGCUGAUAAAUGUAUAGCCAUUCGCUGGAAAAGUGAGGAACCCCCUAGUGUAUCCUUGUGGCUCAAAGAACUGUCUUCAUACUUACCUUCAGAAAAUGUUAUGUUUAACCUUACGAAGAAGCCGUUUCUUUUUGACAAAUGCUGGCGAGAGUUUGUAACCUUACAAAAUAAACCUUCUCUUAAUGAUGAUGCCCACACUUGAAACUACAUUGCAGGGCCCUUCUGAGACCUUACUUUUAUAAUAGGUUUUUGUUCUGUUUUUUUUCUCUUGUGUGUGUGAGUGUAUCUUUCCUCCUAAUGUAACAGUUACACUUGGGUAUUUAUCUUUUGAUGUCAUUACUGACAUCCUUAAUACUGUCACUACUAUUGAUAUUAUGUUGGGGGGUUCACGUUUGACGCUGCUCGCAUUGUACUGAUUAUCCGCUAUCAAUGUAUGGGAGGAAACAGAAAAUUCAAUAAAUAUAUUUAAUGUUUUAAAAAAAAGUGAGCUACAUAGAGGACUUUAUAUUUUUCAUUAUCUGAUGCAUUUAUCACACCCAUCUAUUCAUUUUAAUCCUACAGUCACAAUGUGGACAUUGUGAUGAGUUUGUCCGUCGAGGUGUCCAGAGAGCUGCAGACCUUGGCAUGCUGUUCUUGUCUGGUUGGUGGACUGUGGUGGAAAAAGCCUUUUUCCACUCUGUUCCCACUCCCUGUGAGUAAGAGCAGCACCUGAUGUCCUCAUCAUCCACUGUGGUGAUGACAACAUGAGAAAGAUCAGUAGCAUCAGGCUGUUCAACAUGAGGACAACCUGCACCACUCCCAUCCAGCACUUCGUGACCUGUAACUCCUAAUAGUUGGCAGUGUCACUGCUAUUGAAUUUGGACUUUAGGACACACUUUCUUAAGCCUAAACAUAUCCCUGACUGUUAAGGACAAUGUUGAGUUUAUUUUUAUGUUCGUUAUGUUUGGUAAAACAAAUACCAAUAGCUACAACACUUAUUACAUCUUCUCUUCCUCACCCCUACAAUUCCACACCCUUCUCCUCCUGCCACAUGGACUCUGCAGCUCUGGACUCAUUCUGAGCACAGCUGUUACCACUUGCACAGGCCCAGUCUGUAUAUUAAAUGUGUUAAAUGUGUUGCGUUUUGUUCCUUUGUUCCUUCAAUAAAAAUAAAUCCGAGAGUUAAUCUA